GCCUGCCACAGCUGUCCAGCUUUAGUUCCCAGCCUCUUUGUGGGCCAGACUCCUUUGUCCUGUAGCCUCUACUUGGGAACUCAGAGCAUCCCCUUUCUCCUUCCUGCUGGGGUGGCCGAGUGGGCCAGCUGCCUGUCUCUUUAAGAGAGAGAGAAAAAACGAAAUCAGGAAGUGUGAGAGAGCUGCUGGGCUGGGAGGACACUGGGUGCUCAGGCACCGUGGUGGGGAGGCAACUCGGCUCGGGCUCCCCCAGGGCCCCGGUGGCACUCAGCCACGCCGACCAGCCGUCUUUGAGUCCCAGGUCCGGUGAACACCAGGAUGCCAUGGGCACUGCCUAUGGAUGACAACGAGCCCUGAGAGCUCUCAUCAGGGGUGCCACCCGGGGGAGUGGCAGCUGCAGGGUGCGCCACCCGGUCCCACGAGCCUGCAUGACCCACAGCUGAGAUGUGCUCAGCUCCUGGACUUGCCGCAGACAGAAAGCAAAACACACACUUGACAGGGAGCGUCUCUGCCUGACCCGCUGCUCAGACCACAGGGCAGAAGGUGGCCGGCCAGCCAAGGGCAGGAGAUGCAGAGCACGGUCAAUUACCUGUGGCACACGGAUGACCUGCUGGGGCAGGGGGCCACUGCCAGUGUGUACAAGGCUCGAAACAAGAAAUCUGGGGAGCUGGUCGCUGUGAAGGUCUUCAACACCGCCAGCUACCUGCGGCCCCUCGAGGUGCAGGUGAGGGAGUUCGAGGUCCUGCGGAAGCUGAACCACCAGAACAUCGUCAAGCUCUUUGCGGUGGAGGAGACGGGGGCCAGCAGGCAGAAGGUGCUGGUGAUGGAAUACUGCUCCAGUGGGAGCCUGCUGAGCGUGCUCGAGAGCCCCGAGAAUGCCUUCGGGCUGUCGGAGGAUGAGUUCCUGGUGGUGCUGCGCUGUGUGGUGGCCGGCAUGAACCACCUGCGGGAGAAUGGCAUCGUCCACCGCGACAUCAAGCCUGGGAACAUCAUGCGCCUCGUGGGGGAGGAAGGGCAGAGCAUCUACAAGCUGACGGACUUCGGGGCUGCCCGGGAGUUAGAUGACGACGAGAAGUUCGUCUCUGUCUACGGGACAGAGGAGUACCUGCACCCUGACAUGUAUCAGCGGGCAGUGCUUCGCAAGCCCCAGCAGAAGGCAUUUGGGGUGACUGUGGAUCUCUGGAGCAUUGGGGUGACCCUGUACCACGCAGCCACUGGCAGCCUGCCCUUCGUCCCCUUCGGCGGACCACGGCGCAACAAGGAGAUCAUGUACCGGAUCACCACGGAGAAGCCCGCAGGGGCCAUUGCAGGUGCUCAGCGGCGGGAGAACGGGCCCCUGGAGUGGAGCUACACCUUCCCCAUCACCUGCCAGCUGUCAAUGGGACUGCAGGGCCAGCUGGUGCCCAUCCUGGCCAACAUCCUGGAGGUGGAGCAGGCCAAGUGCUGGGGCUUCGACCAGUUCUUUGCGGAGACCAGCGACAUCCUGCAGCGAGCCGUCGUCCACGUCUUCUCGCUGCCCCAGGCGGCGCUGCACCGCGUCUACGUCCACGCCCACAACACGGUAGCCAUCUUCCUGGAGGCCGUGUACAAGCAGAGCAACGUGGCCCCCAAGAACCAGGAGUACCUCUUUGAGGGUCACCCCUGUGCCCUCGACCCCAGCCUCUCAGCACAGCACAUCACCCACACGACAGCAAGCAGCCCCCUGAUGCUCUUCAGCAUGGCCGCGGAGACCCCCAAGGGGCUGGCCUUCAGGGACCCUGCUCUGGAUAUCCCCAAGUUUGUGCCCAAAGUGGACCUGCAGGGAGAUUACAACACAGCCAAGGGUGUGUUGGGCGCCGGCUACCAGGCCCUACGGCUGGCACAGGCCCUGCUGGCCGGGCAGGAGCUGAUGCUUCGGGGGCUGCACUGGUUCGUGAAGACACUCCAGGGUACCUGCAGGCGGACACUGGAGGUCAUGCAGAUGGCCCUCCUCUUCCUCAGCAGCAGCCUCGGCGCCGAGAGGUUCAGCAACGCGGCUGGGGUGCCCGAGGUCCAGGAACUGAAGAGGGCCGCAGAUCUGAGGGCCAGGCUGCGGACUCUGGCUGAGGUCCUCUCCAGAUUCUCCCACAAUAUCGCAGAGAAACAGAUGAGCCUGAGCAGCCUGAGCUCGGAGCUGGUGAAGAACCGGGAUCAGGUACAUGAGGACAGAAGCAUCCAGAAGAUUCAGUGUUGCCUGGACAAGAUGUACCUCAUCUACAAGCAGUUCAGGAAGUCCAGAGUGAGGCCAGGGCUUGGCUACAACGAGGAGCAGAUUCACAAACUGGAUAAGGUGAAUUUUAGUCACUUAGCCAAGAGGCUCCUGCAGGUGUUCCAGGAGGAGUGUGUGCAGAAGUACCAGGCGUCUCUGGUCACUCACGGCAAUCACAUGAGGGUGCUGCACGAGGUCAGGAACCACUUGCGCCUGGUUGCCUGCUCAGUGGCUGCCUGCAGCACGGAGGCCCAGGGGGUCCAGGAGGGCCUCAGCGAGAUCCUCGACUUGCUAUCUCACCGGCACCCUCAGGAUAGGACAGAGGGGGCUCAGGCCUCGCCAGCACCCCCAGCUCCUUAUUCUAGUCCUGAACUAAAGGACCUGGGUCUCCACAUGGAGGGGCUCCUGGAGGAGAUGAAGCUGCUGGCCUUCGACCUGCAGGACAACAACCACAUCAUCGAAGGGUUGAUUAGGGUCCAGUCGGCUUCUGAUGUCUAACCUCUGUGGGGUGCACGAGGUGUCCUGAAGCAUUAGAAUCAUUCAAACACUGUGCUCCUGCCUGCACUGUGGGGCCCGACACAGGACAAUCCCUGGUCCCAUCUCGCCAGCCUACCUCCCUCCCAGCCGACAGCCGGGAGAUGUCAUCAGCAUUACCGUCUGCUGCCUUUCUGCAGGAAGCACACAGCACCCAGGGCACCUGACCACCUCUGUCAGGACCCGCUGCCCAGGCAGAGCUUCGGAUGUUACUCAGCAGGCUCAGGGACAGCUCCGCCAUCGCCCUGGCCUGUAUGGCUGAACCUUGCGGGGCCCUGGGGAGAAGAGGCUCCCCCAGCCUACCACCCCCACCCCCAGUUUAUGGGGCUUCCGUCCUCAGGGAAAAGAAGAGGAAGCCUCCCGGGGCGCCCCCCAGGGUGCUGGGUCCAACAGCCUAAUCCUAGUCUUCCUGCCUCCUAAGUAAGGUGUUUCUCCUCGAGCACGCAGCCCUCUCCCCUCUCCUGUGAUUUCUGAGGCUCGCCACGCCCACAGGUGUCACAGGGUCUGAUUUUCCUUCUGCUCUCCGUCUGGCUGGCCCUGAGGUAGAGAGAAUGGGGGGUGGAGGCUGGAAGCCACUGUCCAGCGACCCGCCCCCUUCUCUGUCCCUGCCAAGGCCCCACCAGUCCAGGGACAUGCAGCCGGCAGGGGCCGCAACGGCCGUGCGACAGGGACAGGCCCGUCUGUCCAGAGCCCUGGGGGGGAAGAGGCCUGCACUCCAUGGAGUGGAAUAAACGUGCCUUCUUUUCUA